AUGCUGAAUGAGGAUCAUUGGUUCAUCACCCCCAAUUCGCUUCAGAUCUCUGUCGAUGGCAAGGCCUUUACAAUCAGGCUCAAUCGUCCACAGAAGUUCAAUGCGCUCACAGUGGAUAUGUAUAAGGGCAUUGAAGCCGCUCUUAAAGCGUCGAAUAGCGACAGCUCGACUUCUGUCACAGUAAUAACAGGAACUGGUGACUUUUUUUGUUCCGGAAAUGAUCUUAGCAACUUUGCAAAAGCAGCAUCUGCUAGCAAAGCUGAAAUAAAGGAGAUGGCUGAAACAGCGGCUGUGGUCUUGAAAGACUAUAUCCAGGCAAGUCAACUUUUAACGUCCAAACUUACUCAUUUGGGGCUGCCGGCAGCAAGCAUUUGUAAGCAUAUAGGCAGGUUUAUGCGCUUUAUCUAUGCUUUUGCAUAUAUUGAUCAUGAGAAGCCACUCCUAUGUCUAAUUAAUGGGCCAGCUAUUGGAAUAGCCGUCACCGUACUUCCGCUUUUUGAUUAUGUCUUGGCCACCGAUAAGUGUACAUUCCAUACUCCGUUUGCUACACUUGGGCAAUCUCCAGAAGGAGCAUCGUCGUACACAUUUCCUCUCUUAAUGGGUCAGCUGAGAGCGUCUGAAGUGUUGACGUUAAAUAAGAAACUUACGGCACAGCAGGCUUUUGACCGAGGUUUGGUCAAUGAGGUCAAUGAAAUGUUAUGUUUUGUUCGAACUCCAACUUAUGCCUUGUUUCUACGUUAG